AUGAUGGGCCGUCCGCGUGUCUUCUUCGAUAUCACAAUUGGUGGAACAGCAGCAGGCCGUAUUAUCAUGGAGCUCUUCAACGAUAUUGUGCCGAAAACGGCCGAGAAUUUCCGUGCCCUAUGCACCGGCGAGAAAGGUAUCGGCAAAUUGGGCAAACCUUUGCAUUACAAAGGUUCCAGAUUCCAUCGCGUGAUCCCGAAUUUCAUGUGCCAGGGAGGUGAUUUUACGGUUGGGAAUGGAACUGGUGGCGAAUCAAUUUAUGGAGAAAAGUUUGAGGACGAGAACUUCAUCCAGAAACACACCGGACCUGGUGUACUGUCCAUGGCGAAUGCAGGCCCGCAUACCAAUGGAUCUCAGUUCUUCCUGUGCACAGUGAAGACGGACUGGCUCGAUGGGAAGCACGUUGUGUUUGGCCGCGUUGUUGAAGGCAUGGAUGUUGUAGGCAAAAUUGAACAAGUGGUAUGA